GGAAGGUUGAGAACCACUGGUCUAGGAUGUGAUAAGGAGGUUUUGGAGAGCCCGGGAGUCAUUCCUUUGCUCCCAAUGACUCUGUCUCAUGCAGCCAAACUUUCCCCUCUCAUCUCUUUCCUGCUGCCAUAGCGAGGUGUGAGCUGGAGGUGUGAGCUGGAGGUGUGUGCAGUGGAGGGUGGGGGAGGGGGGCAGCAUUUCGCUUGGCUUCCGUCUGCCCCUAAGGGUAACUUUUUUGAAUGCGAAGAGGUGGGGUGGCGGGGGAUCUGUCAUUAAGGGUUCCUAUGGGUGGGACGCGGAGACGGGAGUGAGGAGGGAGUGGCCCGCGGGUGGGAUCUGUGGAGCAGACAAAAUGUGGGGCCUCGUCCCUUGAAGUUCAACUUGUCUCUUCCUGAGCGAGGAGCAAGGCGUCCGUAGUUCUCUCCCAGGGGCACGGAAAGGAGAGCAAAGCGACCAAGAUAAGAGCGAACAGAGGAAAAAGCGAGACAUGUUCUCCAUGAAACAGUCCCCUGCCCUCGCUCCGGACGAGCGCUACCGCCGAGCCGGGGCCCCGAAGCGGGUCUUGGGGUCUGAGGAAGAUGCCGUGGGUGAUGGUUGCUCUCAGCAGCUGACGACUGCUAACAUUCUCCGCUUCCUACUGCUGGUCCUGGUUCCAUGUAUCUGCGCUCUCAUUGUCCUGCUGGUCAUCCUGCUUUCCUUUGUUGGAACAUUACAAAAAGCCUACUUGAAAUCAAAUGAGAGUGAACCUAUAGCUACUGACGGUGAAGUUCAAGUGCCUGAUGUUCUUCUUACAAAUACAAUUUACCCCGAGAGCACCGUGACAUCUACUACACAUCCCAGCCAACACAUUCCCGCCUGGACCACGGAUGCUUCUCUCCCAGGGGACCAAGGUCACAGGAACACAAGUGCCUGCAUGAACAUCACCCACAGCCAAUGUCAGAUGCUGCCCUACCACACCACGCUAACACCUCUCUUCUCAAUUGUCAAAAACAUGGAAAUGGAGAAGUUCCUCAAAUUCUUCAUGUACCUCCACCGCCUCAGUUGCUAUCAACAUAUCAUGCUUUUUGGCUGUAGCCUUGCCUUCCCCGAGUGCGUCGGUGAUGGUGAUGACAGACAUGGACUCUUGCCCUGUCGGUCCUUCUGUGAGGCUGCAAAAGAGGGCUGUGAGUCAGUCCUGGGGAUGGUGAACGCCUCCUGGCCCAAUUUCCUCAAAUGCUCCCAGUUUAGAAACCAACCCGAAAGCAGCAACAUCAGCAGGACUUGCUUCUCACCAGAGAAGGAAAAAGGAAAGCAAUCGUUCUGUGGAGGGGGCGAGAGCUUUCUGUGCGCCAGUGGGAUCUGCAUCUCCGGGAAACUGCAGUGCAACGGCUACAACGACUGCGACGACUGGAGCGACGAGGCUCAUUGCAAUUGCAGCGAGAAUCUGUUCCACUGUCACACGGGCAAGUGUCUUAAUUACAGCCUUGUGUGUGAUGGAUAUGAUGACUGUGGGGACCUGAGUGAUGAACAAAACUGUGACUGCAGCCCCACGAAGGAGCACCGCUGUGGAGAUGGGCGCUGCAUUGCCAUGGAGUGGGUGUGCGACGGCGACCACGACUGCCUGGAUAAGUCUGAUGAGGUCAACUGCUCCUGCGGCAGCCAGGGCCUGGUGGAGUGCCGGAGCGGCCAGUGCAUCCCCAGCACUUUCCGAUGCGAUGGGGACGAGGACUGCAAGGAUGGCAGUGAUGAGAGGAACUGCAGCUACAGUCAGACUCCAUGUCAAGAAGGCGGCCAAACAUGCCUCUACAAUUCCUGCCUUGAUUCAUGUGCUGGUAGCUCUCGUUGUGACCCCAACACCAGUCUGAAUAACUGUAGUCAAUGUGAACCAAUUACCUUGGAACUCUGCAUGAAUUUGCCCUACAACUAUACACAUUAUCCAAAUUACUUUGGCCACAGGACUCAGAAGGAAGCGUCCAUCAGCUGGGAGUCCUCUCUUUUCCCUGCACUUGUUCAAACCAACUGUUACAAAUAUCUCAUGUUCUUUGCCUGCACCAUCUUGGUACCGAAAUGUGAUAUGAAUACAAGCCAACGUAUCCCCCCUUGCAGAGCUCUGUGUGAACACUCCAAAGAACGCUGCGAGUCUGUUCUUGGGAUCGUGGGCCUACAGUGGCCCGAAGACACAGAUUGCAACCAGUUUCCCCAGGAAAAUUCGGACAAUCAAACCUGCCUAAUGCCUGAUGAAGACGUGGAAGAAUGCUCACCUAGUCACUUCAAGUGUGACUCAGGACGGUGUGUGCUGGCCUCCAGAAGAUGCGAUGGGGAGCCCGACUGUGACGAUGACAGCGAUGAGGCAAACUGUGGCUGUAAAGAGAGAGGUCUGUGGGAAUGUCCAUCCAACAAACAGUGUUUGAAGAGCACAGUCAUCUGUGAUGGGUUCCCAGACUGCCCCGAUAAUAUGGACGAAAUAAACUGCUCAUUUUGCCACGAGGAUGAACUGAAGUGUGCAAACCACGAGUGUGUGUCCCGUGACCGGUGGUGUGACGGUAGAGCCGACUGCUUGGACAGUUCGGACGAAUGGGACUGUGUGACCCUCUCUCAAAAGGAGAACUCCUCGUCAUUCCUGACUGCUCACAGGUCUGCCACAGAAAACCACGUCUGUGCAGAUGGCUGGCAGGAGACCUUGAGUCAGCUGGCCUGCAAGCAGAUGGGUUUAGGAGAACCGUCUGUGACCGAAUUCAUGCAGGAACAGGAGCAAGACCAGCAGUGGCUGACAUUACACUCCGACUGGGAGAGCCUCAAUGGGAGCACUUUGCAUGAACUGCUGGUGAAAGGGCAGUCUUGCCACAGCAGAAGUAAGAUUUCUCUUCUGUGCGCUAAACAAGACUGUGGGCGCCGCCCUGCUGCCCGAAUGAACAAGAGGAUCCUCGGGGGCCGGACGAGUCGCCCUGGAAGGUGGCCCUGGCAGUGCUCCCUGCAGAGUGAGCCCAGUGGGCACAUCUGUGGCUGCGUCCUCAUUGCCAAGAAGUGGGUCCUGACCGUCGCCCACUGCUUCGAGGGGAGAGAGAACGCCGCCGUGUGGACAGUGGUGUUUGGCAUCAACAAUCUCGACCACCCGUCGGCCUUCGUGCAGACGCGCGGGGUGAGGACCAUCAUCCUGCACCCGCGCUACAGCCGCGCGGUGGUGGACUACGACAUCAGCAUCGUGGAGCUCAGCGCGGAGGUCCAGGAGACCAGCUACGUGCGGCCCGUCUGCCUGCCCAGCGCGGAGCAGGCCUUGGAGCCGGACACGUACUGCUACAUCACAGGCUGGGGCCACAUGGGCAGCAAAAUGCCCUUCAAGCUGCAGGAGGGAGAAGUCCGGGUGAUUUCUCUGGAGCAGUGUCAGUCCUACUUCGACAUGAAGACCAUCACCACCCGGAUGAUAUGUGCCGGCUAUGAGUCUGGCACAGUGGACUCGUGCAUGGGGGACAGCGGCGGGCCACUUGUUUGUGAGCAGCCUGGAGGACAGUGGACAUUGUUUGGCCUAACUUCAUGGGGCUCCGUCUGCUUUUCCAAAGUCCUGGGGCCUGGAGUUUACAGCAAUGUGUCCUACUUCACCAAGUGGAUUGAGAGACAAAUAUACAUUCACACCUUCCUCCUAAACUGAUUCCAAAGAUGACCAGAGACGUGGCCAGCGACACUCAGAGAAAACGGGGUCUUGGCUGUGGAGCACUUUCUGCAAACAGCUGUACAGAAAAGCACUCCCUGGGCACAUGGACAGGGGUGCUGGGCAGUGCACUGCACGCCUCCAUGCUUGUUUCAGGCUAAUGUUAUUCAGCUUUAUUUUCAGCUUUAUUUUUCUUACUUCAAGUUCGAUGAAAGUCUUUUUUUUUUUUUUAAAGCAAAGCUUAUUUUGUUGUUUUGUCAGCCUAACCUUGACCACUAGUGCGAAAUUGCCGGCCCUGAAGAGUGAGGGUAAUGCAGGCGCCAGGGCAACAGUUAUAAAGUUCCCUCUUAUCCAGUCACAAAAAAAGGACACUGAGAUGCAGGCUGACCAAUCUUGGCCAGCUUUUGUUUCUCAAGUACAAUAGCAUAGUGGCAACUUUCAUAUAAGCCUUGGUGACUUGCUUUUGAUUUAUUAAAAGCCAAGAUAAUUUACAUGCUUAAGUUAUUGACUAUGACUCUUCUAAAGUCUUUAAAAUGUUGAGCACUGAUGAAAGACAGAGGCGAAAGACAAGUAGCAUCCCUGUAGGUCGCUGCAGCAGCAAGACACACUGAACACAGAGCUCUUUAGACAUCACUAUGAGCACUGACAUGGUAGGGUUGCGUGUUCUGAAUUUAAGCCAAGGUUGUAAUGUGGUAGAAAAGUCUCCACAGAACUUUCCCUAUAGCUGGGGUUUGUUCAGUAUCUGACUGAGAUUUCAAAAACCAGGAAAAUAUCCAUGGGCAAUAUUUUUAUUUGGUUCCCCCUAUGUGACGAUUGAAUUUGAGAUUCUACUUUGCCAAAGGAGAACUCGCCUUAGACUGCAGAGAUGCAAUUUAAAAAAAAAUUAAAUUGCACCUUACCCCAGUGAAAUAUUUUCCAGUGUGUCCAUACCAAUGAAGUACAGAAAUGUAUCUCAAAGCACAGGAAAGCUCUGCAUAACAUUUUGUAAUUUUCCCUGAAAGAUAUUUAAUAUCUGGUGUUGCUAAUUCUUCCCAUCGAUAAUUAAAGCAAACAUUUAAAGAUGCUUUUAAGCACUAGGCCACUUACCCACAUCAAUAUCUUUAGUGAUUAGUGGUUACUUUUUCCACACUAAAAAGCUUCAGAACACAAGUCAUCACCUGCACCUAAUUUAGUCAGCCAGGCACCCAUUUUUGCAACAUCCAAAUGCCUUUGGAACAAGUAGGAUUCCCUACUAAGCUCCACCAGCAACCUGGACUGCCUCCGCAUUCCACAUAGAGACUACCUGCAGUUUUAUACAUGUAUUUUUGUACUCUUUUCUACGUGCGCACAUAUUUGAAAUCCAAAAAAGUUGUCUUGACACUUUCCAUGUUAUUCAUCGCUUGUUCUGUAGUUUGUAUAAAUGUACUGAGAAUGUGACAUCCAGCAAUUGAAUGUUGGUCACAAAUGUAUGGAAGUUGAAGAAUAUGGGUCAGUUUUGUUUUGUUUUGGUUGUAGGUACAUACUUAAUGUAACGACUUUUAGCCUUGCUCAACUGAUGUUCAGUGAAAUGUACAUGUUGUACUUAUUUUAAAUAACCAUUAAUACAAAUAAAAUGGUAUACUCUCUUUUUUU